AGGAAAUUCGAAAAGUGACGCGUUUACUCACGAGAAGCUUUUAAGGAUUAAGUAUCCGAUUUUGUCUGAACGCACAAAUUGCUGUGAGCUAAAGUGGAGGACAGUAUGAGAACGGACACCAAUGCCACUUCUAUGCAGUUGGGAGCUACCGUCCCCAGAGGUCAUGUGAUUGUUAGUGAGAAGUGGAGAGGAUCUGUGAUUGUACAAAGAUUACUUGGAACAAUUAGACCUAUUUUUGAAGAUGGAUUGGAUUCGCUUGAUUUUCAUUUACCUAAUCAGACCUGUGUACUCUAUAUUUCUGAAACAGAUGUGGUAAUUGGGAACAAUUACAAGAGAAAACUUGUUCGAUUUAGAAAUGCUACCAAAUUAUAUGGAAUUGUUCUGACUGAAAAGACUAGGUUAAGUGAUCAGUAUUUCCCAUUUGUUCAGAAAUUUGUUGUGUUGGAGCUGGGAAUGCCAUUAUUUCCUAUUGCCAAUCAGGCUGAAGCAUCUGGAUUUCUAAUACAGUGGGCUCUUGAAGAAAGCAAGGAACAUUAUCACAAUUCUUUUCUCAGCAAGUGCUGUCGCAGUGUUCUUGAACCUGAUAUCCUUGGCUUAAUCCAGAAAAUUCCAGGAGUUGGCAAAGUAAAAGCUCUGGCAUUGCUGCAACAGUUUCCAAGUAUACAGCAACUGAGUAAUGCUAGAACUGAAGAACUGGAGGCGAUUGUGGGACAAACCAUUGCACAGCAAAUUAAAAUUUUCUUCAUGAACAUUUAGUUAGUAUUCACAGCUUUGAUGUAUUAUGUUUUUUACAGGUUUGGGAUAGAAGAGUAAAAGAAAUAAUGAUAAAUACAAAGCAUCAGUUCUGUUGCACAGUUCUGUAUUUGUUCAUUUGUUUGUUUUUCAUUUUGUGCAUUUUUAAUUGUUCUGAACUUAAUUACACAAUUUAAAAUGAAAGAGCAGAGCAUGCAGAAUACCUUUAUUGUGUUUUUUCUGUCUGCAAGAUUUCAUAGUUUAGAUGUAGACUGUUCUUUUUCAGUGUAUUAAAGUCAUCAUUAAAUCAUUAGGGAAACCAAAUUUCACCAGCCAACAUGCUGA